UCUUAACUUUAGCUAGGAGCACAUCUGUAGUUGCUUCAGACUACUGUUAUUCAUCUCACUACCAACAAUAUAUUUGCAAGCAUUUUGAAACAAACAUCUGUAUCUGCACCUACUCAUUUCAGAUUGCUUCCACAGGCAAAACUACAUUCAAAAGAUAGAAGAUCUUAAUGGACUUCAUGAAGAAUAAAAUUGGUUGUUUUUUAAUCAAACAAGGUGAAUUAAGCAGCAGCCUCAUCAACAGAGAAAUCAAAACCAUAUUCCCAACAGAGAAAGUAAUUUAUCAAGAAUUCAGUUUAAAAGGUUAAUUAAUAAGACAGACUGCUUCUCUCAACAGUGGACACAUUCAAGAGAACAGGAUACGACUGAAUAAAAUAUUUCAAGCAAAACUCCUUUGAAGCACAACUAUCACUUUGGACAAUAACAACUUAACAGAUUAUAACAUGCCACUUUUUAGCUGGAUGAAGUGGUCAAAAAGAGAAUCCCAUAAAUCUACACACUAUCCAGGCUCAGAUGUAGUAACCAAGACUCUGCUUCGGGAACUGACAUGGCACCUAAAAGAACGUGAGAGAUUAAUACAGGAGAUUGAAAAUGAACAAAAAGUGAAAAAAGCUGGUGUGGAUUACAACUGGCUAAAAAACUACCAGAAUCCCCAAGCAACCAUCCCAGCUACUGAACAAAGACAGCUUGAAGUUCUCUGCUCACAAGUUCAACCUUGCCAGACUGGAACUAUUCUCAGCAGAUUUCGAGAAGUUUUAGCGGAAAAUGACGUUUUGCCAUGGGAAAUAGUCUAUAUCUUCAAGCAAGUAUUAAGAGAUUUUCUAACCAAUGCAGAAAAACAAAGUCAACAAGAGGAACUGGGAGACACACAGAAUACAAAUUGCUCUGUCUACUUUGGAGUUGUAGGUGAAAGUGCCAAGAAUUCAGAUAAAGAAGAAAUUCCUACUAUUUCAAGUUACAUUGAUAAAAACACCAAAAAUAUGUUCCCUACAUUCUCACAGAGAAUAUGGAAUCUGCCAUAUUACUAUCAAUCAACUUAAGUUACUCAUCAUCAUCAUUAAGUAUUUAUCUGAACCCACAACAUGAAGUAUAGCUUAGGAAUAAGAAAAUGUGGUGAUUCUGUUUCUCUUUGUUACAAGAUAAAAAGUCUACAAUUCUUAUGAUUGUCCUUCUAUUUUCUAUAAUUAAAAUUAUACUUAGUUAUUGUACCAAAAAAAUGUAAAGUGUAAAUGGUGGCUCUUUUAAGUAAAUAUUUGAAAUAUUUCCUUGGUUUUUUUUUACCAUACCUCUAGCAUAUGCUACAAAAAACCAAUUAAUUUUAUGUACUUAAAAUGUAACCAACACUUUGUAAAGUAUGGAUAGCAAGGACAAUUUUAAAAAAAUAUUUAUAUAAAGAAGCUCCUUGUAGAAUAAAGUGAAUGGUUUAGAGUUAUUAUCUAUUGUACUCACAACAUAACAAUGGUCGGAAACACAAGCAGAAUCCUAAUAUAUAAUCUCCAGAUCAACUGGAAAAAAAAAAGAAUUGGAUUUUAACCACAUUUAUAGUUGGUAGUCUCCUGGAACAAAAAUAAUACAUCAUUUUACUUCAUAUAAACUUCCUUCUCAAUGCAAAUAAAAUGUGAAAAUAACCUAACAACGUUUAAGAUUAUAAUUUAGGAAUUCAUAAUAAUUUGAUGAAAGAAUGAAAAAAGGCUCAUGAAUCUUAACCAUUCAAGAAGUGUAAAGUAAAUAAAGUGAGUAAGUCAGUAAAUAAGUGAAACAAAAUAAAAUUUGAAUUCUAUCUUUAAAUAAACAUAUAAACAAAAAAGAAUUAAAUUCCAAAAUUAAAACCUCUGUACAGAGAGGAAAAAAAUGCACAGGCUCGAAAGUUUCUCCCCUUAAAAACUUUAAAAAAAUUAUUCGGUUUUGCUUGAAUUAAAUCUCAAAUGCAGCAAUAUCAAGAAAUGUGUCUACAAGGACAGGCCUUAAAAAUCAAGAUGACUUUCAUAUAAAUAAAUCCAUCUCUGGAUCCAAAUAAAACCCCCAAAAAUUCUUUUUUUAAUAUCUUUUCUC